AUGGCGCUGAUGGCGGAGUCUGACGACUCGGUUGCAUCCUGGGGUGCUUGCGGAGCCGUGGACCAAGAUCAUGCUGUAGAACGUGUCGGAUGUUCGGCGACUGUCAGCGUGACGUCAGUGGACCCGAAGGCUGGCACCUUCCAGGUGAGGAUGGUUUGUCAGUGGGCCUUUCGAACCAACAACCCAAACAACGACACCGAGAUCAUCUACAGAGGAGUGCCAGGCAUACGCAUUCCCGGCCUCAGCGUCAAGGUGCAGGAAAGCAGGAUUUGGAAGGUGCUGGAGGGCAACAGCAACAACAUUAUCAAGUGGAACGGCACGUCAAUAUUCUUGCUGCAGGGUUUCAAGAUGUACGAACUCAAGGAUUUUCCUUUCGAUCGUCACGUCAUCCGUCUGCAAAACCUGGACUUUGUGUGGAGAAGCUACAAAGACGACGACGACUUCUUCGACUCUAUGAAGAUUGUGUGGCUGCAGAUAGAGUCAAAAUCCAUUCUGCCAGAAUGGAUACCGGCUGGCCCCACCAUCGAGCCACUCCAGAAGGUGGCUGAUGACGAUCCACAAGCAAGUCAGGACUGGGAGGAAGAGGAGGCAGACUUUGCCAACAAGUUUCAGAUCGACUUGCGGAUUGAACGUGCGCAUAAGUUCUAUGUGCGCCAGAUUUUCUUUGUCACAUAUUUGAUAACUGUCGCAUCCUGCACACCCCUGCUUAUGUUUCCAGAAGACAUGGGCGACAGGCUCAGCGUCUAUGGCGGUGGGCUGCUGACUCUCGUAGCCUUCAAAUACGGGGUCAUGGACCACCUGCCGAGUGUUCCGUACUCGACCUUCACGGACUCAUUUCUGCUCUGGCAGAUGAUCACCAUAGCCAUGUGCACAUUUGCAUCGCUGAUUGGAUACCGUCUUAAGCAGUACAACGAGGAGCUGGUCGACUGGGUCGAGAACAUAACUUUCUUCUCAGUGUUCGCAAUUUGGACGAUGGCCUUGUUUUCCGUGUGGUGCUGCAAGCCGAAAUGCAGAAAAGCUUGGGAUGAUGUGGCCGAGAAGGACGACGACCCCAUGAGGGUGCCCAAGAAUUUGCCGUCCUUUUUUUCGCACAGUGAAUUUCGCCAGAUUACAUCUCCGAGCCGGAAGGGCCGGGUAUGA